UCUGUAACAGGUUGAAGAUGAACAGCGUCCUUAUCCUUCUGGUUGUCGUCGGCCUCUCCUGCGUCAUGGUAGCGCAUGCCUCGCCCACCAUAGGUCUGAUGACCGGAUUCGGCGCCCUUAGUGCAUCCCGCUACCAACCCAAGCGGCGCUACCACGGGCCUGGAUAUGGGCGAUACCACGGCCAUGGCUACAAGGCCCCUCGCAGAAGGUACCGGCCGCGCUUCGGCCGCUCUGCCGAAGCGCUCUCUGACGAGGAAAGCCUGAUCCUAUCCACUGUGGCACACCUGGAUCCCGAAGGCUGCAUUCCCAAGACGCUGUGCCUCCUGGAGGCGAAGGACGAGUCGGAUCGCUCGCAAGACGAGACCCAGCUGCUGGAGAUCUUCGCCAACAAAAACAAAACUCAGGACCACACCUCCUACAGUGCCACCCUCGUCCUCGCCACACAAAUCGGCGCCAACACGAGGGACUCGGCCGCCUGCAAGAAGCUCUUCGCCAAAUGUUCGCUCGACGAGGAAGAGCUUACCGAAGUCCUGCAUCUGGCGUGGGGCUGCGACUGCGACCAGAGGCAGGACUCACGUUUGCUCUAGGGUGCACGGCAAGACACGCACUUAGCUUAUAUUAAGCUGAAUAUAUGGUAAUAUUUAUAUAUCCAGUUUUAUAUGAUGAACGCUUGGGAAUGUUGUAUUGUGCUUCAUUCUUGGUAAAACCCUUAAUUUGGAUGGUCUAGUUCAUAAUCUUCACAUACUGUCUGAAUAUUUACGGUCAGUCUCAA